GUACCUAGUAUAUAUACAUAUGUACCUACUAGGUACCUACGUACUUACAGGUACCUACAUGUAUGUACCUAGGUAUAUAUUAACUUUUUAAAUUUUUCAUAAUGAUUCGAAGUCGAGGAAGGUGUAAGAUGUUAAAGCGCCUGCCUUACCUUAUCACUGCACUGUGCAGGCAGGUCAGGAAGGUGGCUGCGUCUACCAGCUAUUGCCCCGUGCGUCCGCUUCGAAAUCGUAACUCCGGCUGUAGGCCGUCCGUUUAGCACUUGGCAACGGCGGUCCGGUCCCACUUUCCAACUUAGACGGAGCCGUGGACUGUGCAAAUAUUGCCGGAUGGUUUCUGAUUUCUAACUUUUCAACCAUCCCACCUUUCCCACUUGAACCUUGAAACUUGAAUUUCUCGUUUCUCUCGUUCACCAUCAUUCACUCUCAUACUUCGCCCUCUUCUACUCUCGUACUUAUUACCAUUUACUCUCAUCCAUCAUUCUCGUGCAUUACCAACUAGGAUCAUAUUCGGUCACUUCCAUUCACAAUUGCCGACCGUUCUUGUGGACUACCAAUCAUUCUCAUCUUCGAUUGUCCACCCUUCUCAUUCAUCGCCGACUUCCCGGGCAUCUCUCAAUCAACACAGCAACCAUCAUCACCAGCUUCAUCGAGAUGGAACACUCCGAAGAUCGAUUGUCGCGCCUAGAGCGUUUGCCAGUGGAAGUUAGAAGCCUGAUUCUUUCCGAAUCAGACUGCAUCGCCACUUUGAUGACGACCAUUCGUGCUUCUCCAGGACUCUGGCGUGCUUAUUCUCAGGCCAGGCGUAGUAUAACGAUACGCGUCCUUCUCAACCAGCUGGAUGCACAUGAUGUGCGCGACGAGGCACUUCUGAUGAUGGAGAUUGUCCAGUUGCCUCUUAUGGAUGUCAAGGAAUUCAAGAAUUCCUACAUUGACGACUUCCUCAAACCAGGACAACGCUUCAAUGUCAACUUGGAAUGGAGUGAGAUUAUCACAAUCAACAAGCUCCAUCAUACCAUCACACGCUUCGCCGACACCUACAGUAAGACGAUCAGUGAUACAACGCCGAAUCCAUCGGUAUCUGAGAUGGGUCGCAUCAUGCGCGCUAUGUAUCAUUUCGAGAUACAUCUUGCCUGCGCUCGUGUGCAUCCGAUGUUCCACCUAGCUCAAGGACCGAACGAUGAAGUUGCUAUCGCCAAUAUGGAUGGCGUUCUGAGGAAGUUCGCGCCCUGGGAAAACGAGCAGUUGGCCAGCAUCUGGUGUUUCUUUGUCGUGAUGGUAAUAAACCCAGGUUAGAACCCCAACAUCAUCAACAGUCAAACACAUACCAGAAUAGAGCUAAUACCUGCAAGCAGUAUUCAGAGACCUCGUGGUAGACUCUAUAGAGGACCAACAUGAAUACGUGGAGAUAUUCAACUUGAUAAGCGAUGUUAUCCCGAUAUUCACUGGUGGCCUCGAGGGCAUCAUCUUUGGAGGAACGGGUGACAGUAUGUAACACCGAUAGUCCCUUUUUCAUACUUUUCGGCUCAUCUUAGGAGCGAAAGUUUUAUAGGGAAUUACUACAGUUAGUGGCUUGCUUGAGUG